UAAAAUGAUGUUAUAUAGGCACCAACCCUAAUUAGUUAUUAGUUAGUAUAAUGUAGCUGCGGACAGACAUAUAGGUAAUAACCCUUAUUUUUUAGAUUUUAUAAGCAAAAAUGAUCCUUCCAUCUUGUUCUGACGAGGAAAAGACACAAAUAUUUCAUCCAUGCUCAAAACUAAUACAGGUCUCCUAUGAGCCUGUAGGUCGAUGGUUUGAAGCAUGCUUGAAGCGACAACGUUCAGAAAAGUCUGUUUCCUUUGUGGAAGAAUUAUGUGAAAAAGAAUUAGGGUCAGAUAAGGACGAUAAGGAGUUGACAGAUGAGGAAAAAUCUUUCAUGUUAGGCCUGGAUGCAACUGAAUGGAAGAAACAAGACCAUUACAGAGUGUUGGGAGUUUCUCAUCUCAGAUGGAAGGCGACAGAUGAAGAAAUAAAAUCGGCCUAUCGAAAAAAGGUGUUAAAAUAUCAUCCUGAUAAGAAGGGUAAACAUUCAAAGAAACACCUUCCUCCUGGAUUGAGUGAACAUGACUACUUUACCUGCAUAACGCGAGCAUAUGAAACCCUAGCGACAUUGGAAGGACGACAGGCUUACGACAGCGUCGAUCCAACUGUGGAUGAUACCAUACCCAGCUUUUCACCGAAGCAAGAUUUUUAUAAAGUUUUUUCGCAAGUCUUCAAAAAUAAUUCAAGGUGGUCAAAAGAAUGGCCUGUACCUGAACUGGGUGGGCCAGACACACCACAAAAAGAAGUAAAUGAGUUUUACUCAUUUUGGUAUGAUUUCAAAUCAUGGCGAAAUUUCGCUUAUAUGGAUGAAGAAGAACAAGCUGAUAAUCGAGAGGAGAGGAGAUGGUUGGAACGAGAAAAUCGUCGGAUGCGACAGAAACGAAAAAAAGAUGAGAUACAGCGUGUUCGAAAUAUUGUUGAAUUGGCAUAUCAGAAUGAUCCUAGAAUCAAAUUAUUCAAAAAUGCAGAAAAACAGAAAAAACUUGAGCUGAAACAAGCGAAAGAGCAGGCUGCUCAAGAAAAGGAAAAGCAAAGGUUGGAAGAGCUUGAACGAGAGAAAAAAUUGAAAGAAGAAGAAGAAUUGGAAGCGAAAGAAAAGGCCACACGAGAGAAAAAGGAGAAGGAGAAAUUAAGAAAAGCUGCUGCUCGAGAUAGAAAAGUAGUUCGGCAAGCAAUAAAAAAUGAAAAUUUCUUCAACAUAGACGAGAAUGAAAUCACAUCAUUAGAACGAUUAGAACAAUCCUUGGAGAAUUUAUCUCUAACAAACUUACAAGAAUUGAGAGAGACAGUAGAAAAGGGCGAUAAGGAGACACUGAAAGAAUUAUAUGUGAAACAUUCUACUGAAGUUUUGGAGAAAUUAAAAGAGCAAAUGAAAGAACAAAAGAAAAAAGAAGAAGCCGCUUUGGCUGCUGCCACAAAGCAAUCCACGACCGCACAAGUAACUGUCGACCAAAACUGGACGGAUACUGAGUUGCAGUUGCUAGUGAAGGCAACGACUCUUUUUCCAGUGGGUACAGCUUCACGAUGGGAGGUGAUUGCAAAUUACAUCAACGAACAUUCUGGCGCCCCAAAGCAGAAAACAGGAAAACAAGUGAUAAAUAAAGUGAAAAAUUUGAAGAAAUUAGAUCCGUCCUUAAAAACAGAAGUAAAUAAAAUGGCUUUCAAAAACUUAGAGAAGGCGACGAGUGCAAAACUCACUCAGAAUAUUUCAUCGGAUAUUUCACUAAAAGAUCAAACAGGAAAAGCGACUACACCUGAAGAUGCACCAUGGACUGCAGAUGAACAAAAGUUAUUGGAACAAGCUCUUAAAACAUAUGGCUCCAACACACCAGAACGAUGGGAUAAAGUCGCCAGCUUGAUACCUUCCAGAACGAAAAAAGAAUGUAUGCGAAGAUACAAGGAACUGGUCGAGAUGAUAAAAGCGAAAAAGGCAGCUCAAAGCGCUGCAAGUAAAUAAUAAAAGAGUUAUUUUUGAUACAUAA